UCAACUCGUGAUCGAUUCGUUCGACUCUCUUUAGCCUCUCUUCCCCAACUUUUGUCAAACUCCCUGUCAUCAUUUGACGAACACUAGGGUUUAAGCCUGAUUUGUAACACCACCUUCAACCUCCUCUCUUUCCCGAUUCUCUUUCUCUCUCUUCUCAUUUUCACCAUGAAUCUUCGACUCAGACAUUUGAUUUCCAAGCAAACACUCAACAAACUCACCCGAAUCACUUCAUCUUCUUCCUCUUCAUCCGCAAUUUUUGUUGCUCACCACAAUCACACUCAAAAUCAACUAAAAACCCCACCAUUUCUACCCACCCAAAUCAAGAACUUCCAUUCUUCUCCUCAACUCAAUCACUCUGUCUCUGCUGCUGUAGCCGAUGACGAGGAAGACGAAGAUGAGGCCGCCAUGAAUGAGUUCUUAUCCCGAUUCGUGCACAAUAUGCGUGGGAAGCUAAACGAGUCAUACCCAGAUUGCGAUAAGCCCACCAUUGAUGCUAUGUUGUUGGUAAUUGUGGAGAAAUUGGUGAGUGAGAUGGAAAAAGGGGGUAAUUUAGAGGAGAAAUUGGUUUCUGGGAAUGGCGAUUUCAGCGAGGAUUUGUGGAAGACUGUUUGGGAUGUGAGCAAUAAUGUGUACUUAGAAAUGGAGAGAGAGAAGAAGAAGGAGAAGAUGAAGAAGUUUUUGCAAUCGGAGGAGGUUAAAUCGAUGGCCAGGUUUGCUAGUGAGGUGGGUGUUCGUGGGGAUAUGCUGCACGAGCUGAGGUUUAAGUGGGCGCGCGAGGCGAUGGAGAAGGCCGAGUUCUACGAGGGGUUGGAGAAGGCCAGUGAGGCGGCGAAGGAGGGGGAAUUGGGCAAGGCUGAGGCCGAGGCCGGUGCCGGGGCCGGGGCCGGGGCCGAAGUGGUGGAGGAUAGUUUUGUGGGUAAUAAUGAUGAUGGUGGUUUGCCAAAGAGGCAUGGGAAGAUUAAGUAUAAGUUAUAUGGACUUGAUUUGUCAGGUUCAAUGUGGAAAGAAGUGGCUGAUAAGGUUCAUGAGGCAGGGGAGGUGAUUUCUCCUCAAGAGGCUAAGUCAAUCACUGGGAAAUGUAAAUUAGUUACAGAGAAGAUUCUUGGAUUGGGGAAACAGGACGAUUUCGAUACCGUGGUUUCUCAAUUGCUGAAUGAAUGGAAGGAGUUGUUGCAGCCUAAUAGGGUUGAUUGGGUUUCCUUGCUUCAGAGAAUCAAGGAACGAGAUGGCUCUAUGUAUAUUAAGGUGAUGGAACAUGUCCUUGAUGAGCCUUCCUUCCAAGCUAACAUCAGAGACUACUCAAAACUUAUUGAUAUUUAUGGUGAAGAGAAUCGAUCAGAGGAUAUUGAAAGGAUUCUUAAGAAGAUGAGUGAAAUUGGCAUGGAGCCAGAUAUUGUAAUCUUAACUGCUUUACUUUACAUGUAUAGCAAGGGGAACAAUGUUGAGCAGGCAAAUGCAGCUUAUGAAGCAUUGAAGAGUCAAGGAUUCAAACCGGAUAUGGAGGUUUACAACUCAAUGAUAAUGAUGUAUGUCAAUGCUGAGAAGCCCAAGUUGGGUGAAACACUCAUGAGAGAAAUGGAGCUUAGAGACAUGAAACCCACAGAGGAUAUUUAUAUGGCCUUGCUGCGGGCAUUUGCCAAAAACGGUGAUAGUAUUGGAGCUCAAAGAAUUGUGAACACUAUGCAGUUUGCAGGGUUCCAACAAACUGCAGAAUCUUGCGCGUUGCUUCUUGAGGCAUGUGUCAAAUCUGGUAAUCCUAGCGAAGCAAGAAACUGUUUCAACGAGAUGAUGAAUCUUGGAUUCAAACCUGAUGACAGGUGUACUUCAUACAUGAUUUCUGCAUAUGAGAAGAAAAACGAACUAGGCAAGGCAUUAAAUCUGUUACUUCAGCUGGAAAAGGGUGGAUUUGAACCUGGAGUUUCUACUUACAGUGUUUUGGUAGAUUGGUUGGGUAAGUUGCAGUUGAUUGAUGAGGCUGAGCAAAUGUUGACAAAAAUUGCUAAGCUGGGUGAGGCUCCUCCUUUCAAGAUUCAAGUAAGCCUUUGUGACAUGUAUGCUAGAGCUAAGAUGGAGAAGAAGACACUUCAGGCUUUAGGGGUUCUGGAGGCCAAAAAGGACCUUUUGGAAUACCAGGACUUUGAGAGAAUUAUACACACACUUCUAAAAGGUGACUUUGUGCAAGAUGCGCAAAGGAUGUAUAAGCUGAUGGAAGGCCAGGGAUUUGUCCCAUCAUAUGAUCUCCAAAUGAGAUUUAUGGCGACUCAAUCUUUCAGUGGAAAGAGUGAUGGUAGCAAGAGACCAGGAUUGAGAUAAUUGUGGCACUUUAUGAAAUUUCUUAUUAAGUGCCAUGUCCAUUAAUACUUCUGCAAGCAGUGCCUUAGUUACUCUUUUUAACCACAUCCUGCUUGUGACAUUUCUGUGGUUUUACAGACUUAAUAGAGUGCCCGGCUCCUAUACGCAAUUGUUGGUAGUAGGAACUCGCCUGUAUCCGUGGACAAGAAAUUGUUUAAUUAGUUUUAGUAAAAUCUCAUUUUGUUGAGCUAUUUCAUCACCUUUUGUCUUGUUUUACAGCUAUAUGGCUAAGAUAGGUACACGCAUCCUUUUUGAAGUUAUGGCUUAUUAGUUAGAAUUUAAUUCUUCCUCCAACUUUUACUGUAUCUCAAGUGUUUUGCACUGUCUGGUAUUCCAUCAUAAAUAGAUGUUUGAUUUAAGUCAGUUGGUUUUUAAUCAAUAAUAGAAUAGUAAAAGAUGGGUAUUGUAACUGCAAA